CAGUCUACUACACAUACAGGUUUCAUCGUAUGAUGCAAUUUUUUCGUGUAAUCGCGUAAAUAAACACACGUAUCCCCAUUCCGACGUAUUUUUCAAUGAAUCAUAAUAAUAUCCCACCACAUAUAAAUAGUCGUCCGCGAACUUUUUACGUGAAGAGACUAAUAUACUUCUAUGCACAAGUUUUAAUAAAGAAAAAAUUGUGAAAUGUGUGGUGUGAACAGUUACAAAUUAAGUUCCGAUGAAUUGACUGCAGUGUUAGAACUUAUAUCCAAGACUAAUAUUACACUUAGUGAUCUUGAAAAGGCGGUUGAAUUAUUCGAAAAAGUCACCGACAUUCUUGUCCAGUUGAAAUUACCAUCGUCUGGCCUAUGUUCCAUCGAAGUUGUUGAUAAAAGUUCAAAUGAAUGUCUUCUACAAAGCCAAAUACAACGACUCCGCAUUUCAUCAAUUGAUUUUUUAAAAUGCAAAAAAUUUAUUCCUAAGGAUCACAAUCGGUUUAAGAGGACUAGAAAGCGUAAACUGUCUGAAACGAAUAUCGAAGCGACUGAUUCAAAAGUGAUAAAGACAACCGUAAGAGGCACAUCGUUGGCUGUUCAGCGAUGUGAAGACGCCACAACUGGAAGGAGUUUAUUUUCCCUCUGUUAUAUUUGUAAAAAGAAUUGCACGACUGAUAAUUCUAGGCAUGCAUUCUAUCCAUGGAUGUGUGUUCAGUGUGGCGAUUUCAAUUACAGUAAGAGAAAUCAAAUGGCCGAUUUGAAGGGUAAAAUAGCACUGGUGACUGGAGGAAGAAUAAAAAUUGGCUUCGAAAUCGCUCUGAAAUUGUUGCGGUGUGGAGCUACAGUGACUAUAACAACCCGAUUCCCAAAUGACGCACGCAAACGAUAUGAACAUCAAAACGAUUAUUUUAGUUGGUCUGACCGGCUGCAUAUCUACGGACUAGAUCUAAGAUUUAUUCCUCAAGUGGACAAAUUUUGUGAAUAUUUCACAACCCAAUUUCGCCAGUUGGAUAUUCUAAUUCAGAAUGCGGCGCAAACUAUUCGACGACCAACGGUGUAUUACAAAAGUCUUAUAGAGGGGGAGAGAGAUCUGACAUCAUCACUUCCUGCAAACAAUAUUAGAAAGACUAUGAAACCACAACAUGAAGAAUCGGUCAUGCAAAUACCGAUGAAUAACAGUAUGGGCCUGUUCUCCUCAUCCGAAACGUCGCAACUUUUAAUUCACCCAGAAGACUUUAAAUAUUCGUGCGAUGCACAGCUGUCACAACUUCAUUUUCCAUUGAAUAAGAGGGAUGACGAUGGAGAUCAAUUAGAUUUGAGACCGCAAAAUACCUGGACUACAGUGUUGGAGCGAGUCGAAACUCAGGAGAUGGUAGAAGUUACACUAGCAAAUUAUAUGGCACCGUUCAUUAUUCUGAAAAAGUUAAAACCACUCAUGGAAGAUGGCCGAAAUUCGAAAUCCGAUUAUGCAUUUGUGAUCCUCGUUUCAGCAAUGGAAGGGAAGUUUUCAGAUUGCUUUAAAACUGGAAACCAUCCUCACACCAAUGCUGCAAAAGCUGCUUUAAAUAUGCUUGUCCGAACUGCAGCAUAUACAUACAAAAAGCAAGGAAUUUUAAUGAAUGCUGUCGAUACAGGAUGGGUUACCGACGAACAUCCGGUGGGUUUUAAAAGUAAACUAAGCGAUGGAGUUAAACCGCCAUUAGAUUCGAUAGACGGAGCAGCCCGCGUAUUGGAUCCUAUUAUGCAAACCGUAAAUGAUGGACCGGAAAAUCCAAUAUAUGGAAAAUUUUUGAAAGAUUACCGGCCGGUUGGUUGGUGAUUAAACAAGGAAAAGUCACCUCGCACACACCAUUGACAAAAAUGUACAAACAAUCUGGAAAAUUAAUAAAGUGGUGGAGACAAAAGUUUUCUCUUCUUUGCUUUCUUUCACCUCAGAUACAAUUGUGCCUUUUGAAUCGUUAUACCAACAUUCGUCUUACACAGACACUGAGUGUUGGUAUGUAGGUGUGUGCUUUGCUGAAUCGAUCGAUCAAUUUUAUCGUACAAAGAAACAGGUAUAGCGUUCAACAUUUACACCUUUAGUCUUGUUUUCGAUAUUGUAUUGAAGUCAUUCACUUAAGUUAGUGUGGUAAAUUACAGCGACAAAUUGUCGAAAUAUUAUUCUAGAAGAAAUAUCGAAAAAAAAACUUGUUAUCAAAUCAUUGUCUUGCGAAUUAAAUACUUCGAACGUGAAAAUGGCCACUAUAGAUCCGAAACCAUUGGAAGAUCAUUUGAAACGAAUUUCGAGUAGAUUCAUUUCCAUCAACAAAGACGUAAAAACUGCAUUUCGUCAGCAUUACAACAACAUAUCCGAUUACAUGAUUCAAAGUAUGAAAGAGAGAGACAACGUUUUUAAGGAGCUUUUCCAAGAAGUUAAAUUAGCCGGGAGCUAUGCAGAUGAAAUCAAAGUUACAGCACCGAACGAAUUCGAUACGUUAAUUAUAUUGAAAUUUCCUAAACCGAAUCCAGUUAGCAGUGUCCCUGGUUUUGUUACCAUCAACAUAAGUGAUGGUAUUAAUAAGUGGCGGACAUGGGUGGACGGAAACGAAGGAAAGUAUCGCAGAUUAGUUGACACUGACGGUUUUGUGAUACAGGAUGGGGUUUUAGAUUGGCUGAGAGUUUUGGUAAGAGACAUAUUGGGGGAACAAGAAAGCAUCCUUCGCGUCAAUGGUGCAGAGUACUACAUUUCACAAACGAACCAUGGCCCAGCAAUUACACUCGACGUAAAUGUGCGAAGUUCUACGCAUGGAGGCAUCGGAGAUUUUUCCAUAGACCUUGUGCCUGCCUUACAAUUUCAAGUGCAUUCUAAAUGGGUAGCCGACAAGCAGGCGAAAUCGAUAGUUAAGGAUUGCAGGUUUUGGAACACUAUACCAAAGCCGAAUAAGUUGCGACUGCACAAAAACAGAGAUUGGAUAUGUUCGUACGCAGAAAUUGAAAGAGACCUUCUAAACGGUCGGAAUAGAUUGAAGCCAUUGAUCAGAAUUUUCAAGAAAAUCCGCGACAAAGUUAAAUUAGAGAACCUGAAAAGCUAUUACAUCAAGACGAUUUUACUUCACCAACGUCUUCAAAAACCCGAUGAUUAUUGGAAUGGCACGCUGAGCGUACUAUUUCUGGAAAUGUUUGAUGUUAUUUUAAAGCACUUCCAAACAAAAACACUGUGGUCCCUUUGGCACAACAAUUACAAUUUAUUAUCUCAACUGAGAGAGAAUCAAAUUGACGCAAUCUACCUAAACCUCAAGAGCAUCAAGGACACAAUGGUAAAAAACUUGGUGAACGAAAAGCCUGAUCUGAUUUAUAAACAGAUUUUGACAUCGGAUGAGUUUACUGCUAUGGAUGAAAGCGAAAGAAAGGAAGCGGUACCGAAAGUGGAAGAAGAGCGAGCUGCUGAAGAACAAACGACCCAGCAAACAAUUUCAGGAUUUAUUCAUCGGCUGAUGAAGCUUUUUAUCGUACCAAAAUAGAGGCUGGUCGAGUGAAGACCACAGAGAUUCCGGUUUCAAGGAAGGUUGAAGUCGUUUGAGUUUGGUUUCCAUUCAAUCAAAAGGAUUCCGUGAGAGAGCAAGUAAACAAAGCAAAAAUUGAAAAAAUUCUAUCUCACACAAAGUACUUUUUUGGUAGGUGAAAAUCAAGCCUUAAGCAAAAAUAAUGUCAAACUAAAAUGAAAAUUAUGGAUUGACAGAAAAUGCUUCUCAAUAAUUCAUUCUGUAAAAAAUUUAAUUAAAAAUCUAAAUUUCAUUGG